UGGAAGGACGUGCUUGUGGCACCGCUCCUUGUGGUGUGUGACUCCCAGAUUUGGAAUUUUCGUCUGACUCCGGUGUUUAGAAGUAAUUGACUUUUCCAUAGCAUGAAGUGACUUACACAUGCCCUUUCUCCAAAUAUCAUUAGAAACUUACACUCGUUUGUUAGAAAGUUGUUUGUCACACGUUACUUGCGACACCUCGGGCAAGUAUUGGCACCGGCCUUAGUUCAAAGUAUCUUAAAGACCCCAACGUUGUGUGUUCCUGUGUCGCCGCCGUUCAGCCCACGUUUUGCCUUGUGUUGCUCACAUCCGUUGUCUACGUGCCGGACAUAUUCCUCGGCCAGCCUCAUGGAUUCGGAGGCAAGCAGCAGGAGACGGGCCGGUGCUGCCUUACGUUCACCCAGUCUUCGUGCGACAUUCACCGCUAAUGAGUAGCAUGACUUCCCAGGCAGAAAUAGAACACCGCCGCGACGUGAACGUGAAGCCACGCGGCCAGUGUUUCAUAGUAGUCGUGACCCACGAUGUAGCGUGCAGAGAUGGUGUGAAGUGAGGCUGCGGAGGCGGGACGCAGCCCGGCCUUGGCCUCGCCAAGGGAUCCUUCGCCUCUAUGACCCCUCCAGCCGUGGAGGAGGGCCUGCUAGAGGAGGACCUGGCAGGUCUGAAGGGGCCUGACGAGCAGUAUGGGCAUCAACCCCACCCUGCCAGGGAGGAGCGGGAGCUGCGGUCCUUCGUUAAUUACUCUGAAGUGUACGCGACGCUGUUCGGCUGCCUGGUGUCUGAGUCCUCAAAUCGCAACCUCAGCCUGGACGAGGACUUCUGGGUACCAUAUCUGUACACUAAAUUCCAAAGUCAGACUGAGAACAUCUCAAGUCCAGAGUGGGCGCCGCUUCACGGCGAUCCUAACGGCACUGUGCUCAUCCCAAGAAGUUCUGACGGCUUUGUGGGGGCCGAUCUGGCCUACUACUGGCAGGGCGUGGUGUCUGAAGAAGUGGUAAACGGCAUCCUAACUCACUGCCUCUCCGUCACCUCUAUUCUUACGACGCCGCGCCCGUACCUGCUGGUGUGGUGGCAGCAGUUUCUAUGGACACUUGUGUUCGGUGUGAUGAUGGCCAUGGCGGUGGGCGGCAAUACGCUCGUCAUGUGGAUCAUCCUCGCACACCGACGCAUGCGCACCGUAACCAACUACUUCUUGCUGAACCUAAGCGCCGCCGACCUCUUCAUGUCGGUGCUUAACUGCAUGUUCAACUUCAUCUACAUGCUACACAGUGACUGGCCUUUCGGCGCCGUCUACUGCACCAUCAGCAACUUCAUGGCGAACGUGACCAUCUCGGCGAGCGUGUUUACACUCAUGGCCAUCUCCUUUGACAGGUACAUCGCCAUCGUCAAGCCUCUGGAGCCACGAAUGUCCAAGACCGUGGCACGUGUCUUCAUCCUGACCAUCUGGGGAUCCUCCAUGCUACUUUCCCUCCCCUGCCUUCUCUUCUCCACGACCGUCUCCAUUACCGCUCUGACCCACACCCCCAACCGCUGGAAGUAUGUAGAUGACACCACACUAGGAGUCACUAUCAACAACGACAACCCUGACUACAGUCAACUCCAAGACCUCCUACACAGCCUUCAAUCAUGGACAACAGACAACUACGUCACCAUCAACGACACCAAAACCACAGUCAUGCACAUCAACACCUCCACAGCCCCCCUCACGUACGCGUCCCCAGCAUGGUCCAACUCCCUCAACCUCACGCAACGCCGCCAACUGGAGCGCGUUCAAAAACGGGCAUGCAAACUCAUCCUGGGCCCCAACUACACCAGCUACCAAGACGCCCUCGAUUUCCUCACCCUCACCACCCUUCAAUCUCCCGUCCUAGACAGUCCGUGA